GAACUUUCUCAAAAAAAAUAAAAUAAAUUGCCGCCGUCUGCCGGCGAAUAUAAUCACAACAAGACACCCUUGAUAAUAAUACAAGAACAUAAGAAUGGAGACUCUCUCCCAAGACUCCAUCCUGGAGUGCCAGAUCUGCUUCAACUACUACAGCCCGCGCCGGCGGCCCAAGCUCCUGGACUGCCGCCACACGUGCUGCUCGGUGUGCCUGACCCAGAUGCGCAGCAGCCAGAAGGAGAUCCGGUGCCCGUGGUGCCGCGCCGUCACCAAGCUGCCGCCGGGCCUGUCCGUCUCCCAGCUGCCGGACGACCCAGACGUCGUCGCCGUCCCGCACGCCUCCGAGCACACGCCGGUCUUCAUCCGCCUGCCCAGCAACGGCUGCUACAUGCUGCCGCUGCCCGUCUCCAAGGAGCGGGGGGCGGCGCUGGGCUGCCACUUCCUGCCCGGCGGCCGGCAGCAGAAGGGCGUGACGGUGUUGACCGUGCCCGAGCGGCAGCAGCUGGGCCUGGCGAUGGGGCUGGAGGGGAUGGGGGCGGGGCUGGAGCUGGGCGAGGGCGAGAGGAGGGUAACGGGCCCGGGGGGAGGGGCUGCGGGGGGGAAGGGGUCCACGUGGUCCGGCGUGUGCACGGUGAUCCUGGUGGCGUGCGUGCUGCUCUUCCUGCUGGGCAUCGUGCUGCACAACAUGUCCUGCAUCUCCAAACGCUUCACUGUCAUCUCCUGCGGCUGA